AAUAAAUUGAAUUGCUAUCGUGUUUACAUUAUUAAAGUAAUCCAAAGUCACUGUCAUAUCGGUGGAGCAAUCCAGAAAGCUGAUGGCAGCACCACACAGUACUGCGCAGUGGUAUUCGUAUUGAUUAUUAUAGGUGGAGACAAAGUCAGCGGGAAAAUCAAUAUUACAUGUCACCGGCGUUCUCGUUAUCUCCGACGUGAAAUUUUCCUCGCUCGACAUUAGUACGACUUUUACGUCAUUUUUAACAGUACACAAAUUUUUGAUUAUCUACUGUUUUGUGAGCAAAUAAUCGUGGAACUACAAUGUAGUUCCAUUAGUGUGAAUCCAUCAUUUCUGCAUCAGUUCUGCAUCUUAAUCUGAGAUUUUAUUUGUCGUUUCUUCGAUAUCUACAGUGCAACUGCACUAGAGUGAACCUAUCCUUAUCAAGACAAAUAUAUAUUUAGUGCUAAUAAUAUUAGCAAAAAAUGACUAAAGGAUAAUACUUGAAAAACAUGACAAAAGAAGAGCAACACAAUUAGUGGACGCAGAUUUCUAUCUUUCGUUGCUAAUAAAAAGCUUGACUGCAAUAUAUCAACACUUGCUGAUGACUCAUUCAUUGCGACACAUUUUUUCAUCAGCUGUUUGAUGUAACGAGAGAAGAAAAUAAUACUUUAUAUUAUACAAUAUUGUGAACAAGUCUUGAAUAUUGCACAUAAACCAGCAAACGUAUACAUAUAAAAGAGAUAUAUUGAAAGAACAAGUCAACGCACUCAUCGAUUAUUAAUUAUUAAUGACAAACUCGUUAUUUUAAUAACGUGAAGGAUCUAGUUCUGAUAAAUAAGUUAUUUCCAAAUCAAUCUACAGUCGAAAAUUAUCACUAAAGGAAAUAAGAGUUUAUGCAAAUCAAGAGCUUCUGUGCAAGUGAACGACUAUCGAAAAAUAUCGUGUGAUCUCCAGAAUUGAGAUAGUGAGGGCAGAGCAAUCGUCUUCUAUGCGGCAGGAAUCCCUGACCGGUUUUAAAUUGCGGCCACCGGGCGAUCACGGUGGUGUACAUCACGGCGGAGUCAUGUUGGAGGAAGAUAUGGCUGGUGCCCAGGACACGAUAUAUCUGUGCAAUUUUCGUGUAUCGGUAGACGGCGAAUGGCUCUGUUUAAAGGAGCUUCAGGAUGUCGAGUUCUCGCUACAAGACUCGAUGCAGCGGUCACCGUCACCACCGCUCGCUCUUAGUGGUAUUAAUUAUCAUCAUGAUCAUGAUCAUCAUCAUCAUCAGCAACAGCUUUCUGAACAACGAGAGCUUCGCGAUAUUAUACCACCAAGUCCACCGCCAUUGCAGCACGUCUCCAGCUUGUCACGGGAUCCGGUGAUCAUCGAGAGGAGUAAUCUUGUUAACAUUUCAAAACUAAUUGUCAAGGAACUGAUCGAAACAUCUUUGAAAUAUGGUCGUAUGCUCGAUUCUGAUCACAUGCCAUUGCAACAUUUUUUCAUCGUCCUUGAACAUGUGCUUAGGCAUGGUUUACGGCCGAAGAAGGGUCUUCUCGGACCCAAGAAGGAGCUGUGGGAUAUUCUCCAGCUCGUAGAGAAAUAUUGUUCCGAAGCACAAGAUAUUACAUCCAGCAUUCGUGAUUUACCUACUGUUAGGACGGCUAUGGGUAGGGCGCGUGCUUGGCUGCGUAUGGCAUUAAUGCAAAAGAAAUUAGCGGAUUAUCUCAAAGUUCUAAUAGAUCACAAAGAUGAUAUUUUAUCUGAAUAUUUUGAACCAGAUGCUCUGAUGAUGAGCGAGGAGGCCAUCGUAGUGAUGGGUUUGUUAGUUGGAUUAAAUGUGAUCGAUUGCAACUUUUGCGUAAAGGAAGAAGACCUCGAUUGUCAGCAAGGUGUAAUCGACUUUUCAUUAUAUCUGCGCAACAGUAAUCAUAUACCUGGUGAAUCGCCAGAUGAUGAACUCGAAAAUGACAAUAUGACUACAGUGCUUGAUCAAAAGAAUUAUAUUGAAGAGCUCAAUCGACAUCUAAACGCAACGGUAACGAAUCUACAAGCUAAAGUAGAAUCUCUAACAACAACGAAUGCUCUAAUGAAAGAAGAUCUCGCUAUUGCUAAGAAUAACAUUUUAUCAGUUCAAGAAGAAAACAGACAACUAAAAAAGGAACUUGGUAUAGAAGUUAAAGACGCAAAUGAGAAUGGGAAGAUACCUCUUAAAAUAACAGAAACCACUGCGGAAAUAGAAGAACUUAGAAGCAGAUUAGAAUCUGAAAAGAAAUCUCGACAAGAUUUAGAAAAAGAAUUGGAGUUGCAGAUUAGCAUGAAAUCCGAAAUGGAAGUAGCUAUGAAGUUGUUAGAAAAGGAUAUACAUGAGAAGCAAGAUACUAUAAUAUCUUUAAGGCGACAACUGGAGGAUAUCAAAUUGAUCAACUUGGAAAUGUACAAAAAGCUGCAGGAGUGUGAGCAUGAGCUGACACAAAAAGGCGAGAUGGUGAGCCGUCUUCACGCGAAGACCAAUCAGAUUGGCAAGAUUCUUAACAACCUCGAGAAGUAUAAUCAUUUGAUGAAGGACGGCGAAGGUAUACGAAGCCCUACCACUCCAGGUGGUAUAUCGAAAUCUAUUUUUAAUAAGACUAGCCCCUCUUUUCCGAGAGGGUGCCCAUCCGCGGAUAAUGCGACCGCUCGGCCGACGAUUGAUCAUCAACGCUCUUUUGACGAGCAAUCAUUGAAAGCAUCUAAUGACAAAUUGAAACAAAGUCGUUCUACCUCCGAGAUAACCACGAAUAAUUCAAUAAUCGAGCAAGUUGCGAAAGACUAAAGAGAGCCUACUCUUACAUGACUAAUUCUAUAGCGGAUGACAUUUCAGAUAAUUGCGGCUAUUCAGUGUUGCAUACAUUUUGGCGUAUAUUUUGUAUACGUACACCUACACAGAGUUAUGUGCAAAAUUAUCUUUUCAAGUUUUCAACUUAUGUUUUGCGCAUAGGAUAUUGUCGUAUAUACUUAGUAUUUAUUCUCAGUGCUAUGUUUGAAGAUUUAUCGACGUUAUUAUAUUGACAAAACACGCAUAAUUAUUAUGGUGUAACGAAAUGAUUUAGCAGAUUGCGCUUUUCUGAGAUCGAGUUAGCAAAGCUCGGUUUAAUCCGAUACAGACUGUUACGUUCAAGACAAUAAUUCUCUUAUAGAAGUUUUUACAGUACCACUGUAUGUCAACUGUAUAUUUAUAUAUAUUUUUUACUGAAGCAAUAACUGAUUAUAAUUUGUUUAAUAAAUAAUCUUGAUUUUAACAUCUCGAUUUAUAUAUAUGUAUAUAUAUGAUAUUAAUUUUUUGGCAAUAAUGUAAUGAAAACAAGGGAAUAAAAAUCUAACAACAUCCAAUAUAAAUUAUUUUUAUAAUGUUAUUAUUUUAAUAAAACUUUUUUUAUUAAAAUAAUAAUGUUUUACACGAGAAUCAGAAUAUAUAUAUUUUUUCACAAAUAAAUUUUAAUAAAUUUAAAUUACUCACCGAUCACGAUUGAUGAUAUUAUAGAUGUAAGAUAAAACAGAUUUGCAGAACUCUCACGAAAUUUAAAGAAACUCUCAAACAUUUCGUUACAUCAUAUCUUGUAAGAUAUUAUAAAUCUUAUGUGUGAUAAAUAUUGCAAAUUGCAAGACGUAGAUAAUGUAUACAUUAAUUCUAUUAAACUAUUAUAUGCUUAACAUGGAAAUAAUUUUUAAAUCAAUAUGCAUUAUAUUGCAUUAUUUCAGGUUUAUUUAUAGAAAUUUGGAUAAAUAUGAUCGUCUUUUUCGCUUAUAUUCAAUAAGUAUUUAUUUCAGGAGUGCGAAGGCUCGCUUAAGCAUAAGACAGAACUAAUCACAAAACUGGAAGCUAAAACACUGUCGAUGACUGAGACCAUCCAAAAAAUGGAUGAGAAGUAUGUUUACUUUCAUUAGUAUUAAUUAAUUUAUAAGUGCGAUUGUGUAAUUACAUGCAGAUUAAAUUAUUGGAGAUUAAAAAGUAAAGAGCGCCAUUAGUAUAAUAAUCACAAACGUCGAAAAAAAUUCAUACUUCUUAUUAUCUUGUAUUUCUACACAGAGGGAUUAACCUUUUUUUUUUUUUUUGCUAAGUAGCUUAUCUAAUCAACUUUAUUAAUACAAAAGUUGCAUUGAUAAGCCAGCUUUUUGUUUAGUUAUCGUGAAUUUUUGAUGAAGAAUUUUCUAUAUGAUGAACGCAACAUCAUAAUUGCAAUUAAUUGGAUCAAUAUUGCAUUAUCUAAUAGCGUAUUAAUGUUGUAGCGCGACACAUCUUAUAGAAAACAAACAUUCACGGAUAAUAGAAAUAAUACUAUCAAAAAUUGAACGAAAACACAGUUUUGCUCAAUUUGUAAAAUAUUUUAGAAACUGAUCGUAUUUUUUGUUUGUUGUAAAUAAUUAUUUUUUUAUUUUACUGUAUAUAUAUACAUACUAUCUGUUUUAUGAAUUUAUUGUUCUUCUCAGUCAGCAAUUACAUAUCUAUCAAAAAAGCAAUUACUAAUUUAUCAAAAAUCCAAACAAUGCAUCAAAUUUUUUUUUGAUGUGUACAUGCAAUAAGAAAAAUAAAAUAUUUCGUGUAUCGUUAUUUUAUUUUUAUUUUACAAAAAUUGUAAACUUUUCUCUCUUGAUGAAGUUUUGCACAUAAAAAAAUAUAAUUUUUAAUUAUAUAGCCAUACAUAUUUAUCGCGGCUAAUAUAUAAAAAGGACUAAUACUCAUAUUUGUUACACGCUUUGAAAUUUUUGCUAAAUCAGCUGUUAUCAAAUAUUGUGCCGUUAUUGGUAUUAUUUAAGAGAAUGUUACAAUUGAUAUAUAUGUAAGGAUUUGGUAAACCUUUUCCAUCGUACUUCUCGCGUAAUGUUACUAUUUCUGAAAGAAGGAUUAAAGAUGUCUUCAUACGUUACCGAACUAUUUUAGCAGGCAUUAUUUACGUACAAAUAUAAUUGUUAUGAUAAGACUUUUCUAUCAACUAUCACUAUACGGUAUUCUAAUAUGAUAGCGAACGGUCGUACCAAUAAUUACACAAUGCACGCACGCCGUUAAAUGGACUGCUCUAGCUAGAAAUGAUUUAUUUUUUACUUAGAUGUUGCGAAUACCAUUAGAUUUAGAUAGGAUAGAUUAGAGGAACGCGCGAAGGAUUAAAUAAACUCUUAUCGUCACGGGGAUAUUGGCAAACCUUCACUAAUGGCUACUUUAUAAAUAUUAGUUAAAUCGAGACAUAGUUGUUAAUAUUAUAUCGAAACAUAUUUUAAAGUAUUCCGCAAUAAUUGACAAAUUCAUACAUUAUGACAAUUAUAUUAAUAAAUAUAUUAAUGCUAUCACACGAUAUACGAAAGCUAAUGUUAUCGAGUAUUUAGUUAUUGGAUCUUAUGCCGAUUAUUUCUCUAUAUUUAUGAUAUGCAGAACAGAAAUAAAUUUCUCAUUAUCAUUGUGCUCGUCUUACAUUAUUUAAGGAAAGGAUAUAAAUAAUCGUAUUUGCGUAUCUAAAUUAAAACAUUUGUUUCAUCCGCGUUUAAGGAACUGAUCGUCGGUGAUUUGCGAUCAUUUUUGUCACCGAAUCAUUCUUUUUCAAUUGAUUUAUAUUGAUUUUAUGUUUACAAUGACAAGAGCGCUUCGAAUAAAUUAAAUUAUCACAUUCUCGACAUUUGUAAUUGAUACAUCCUCAUAUAAAACAUUUUUCGAAAUAAUAGCAAUUUUCUUGUCAAAAGUAAACAAAAUAUUUAGUGAUGAUUAAUUAAACGUGCCAUAUCCAUAUACUACUGAUACAAUUAAGUACUCAUAUAAGUCUCGCGCAGUGGAUAUUAUACGUAAUCUAACACUACGUGUACUUGUGUACCAACGCUACGAAAAUAAAUAAUAAAAAAAA